AAAAUUAAGUAAUUGUACAUUAAAGUGAUUUCCACUGUAUAGAUCAGUGGAGUCAGUAUAAGGGAAAAAUUCUCUUAAAACUGCUCUUUGUGAUGUCAGUAUGACGGAUAAAGUAGCCUCAGUACAGAGAAUUUUCGGCAUAAUGCGGAUAAAAAUUAAAGUUCGCCAAGCGCCGCACAAUCAGUCUUAAAAAAAUCUUCAACAUAGAAUAUAUGCUCUAAAUAUUCAGCUUAGUCGAAAUGAGAAAGUUUAGAAUUUAAAAAAUAAAUUAAAAAAAAAAAACAAAAAAUAAGGGGAAAAUAUAACUCACAAAACUUUAACAUAAUUAAAUGUUAAUUUUUAAAUAUAAAACUAGAAAGAAGUUAUAGUGACGAAGUUUCAAAAUAGCGUUUCAUCACUUAAAAAACGAGCCUAUAAAUCACGAAGAGGAAACGCCCUACAAGACAAAAUUGUUAAAUCGGUGAAAUAAAUUUGAGACCUUGAAUAAAAAUUAGAAAGAAAAAUUGUGCAAAACACGUAAGUCGGUUAUUAUAUAACAUUUUAUCAGUACAACGCCCGCUGAAUAUAAAGCUACUUGUUUAUAUAAGUGAAUCAUUUCGAAUGACCAGAUUAAAAACUUAAUUUAGAUAUAACAUAUUUUGUAAAUAUUCUCUCAAUGCCUUACAGUUAAUUAUCUUUUAAAACAAUACAAAAAUGUGGUCUCCAUAAAUUUCAUAAAAUAUUUAGGCAUGAGUGUUUAUGUAUUACCAUACUCAUGGAAGAUAAUAUUAUUCGGAUAACAAACCACGCUGUAUAAUAUAUGGUCAUGUUCAAGGCCAGUAAGACGGUAUUAGAAAAUCGCCUCAAAUAUGUAUCCAUGAGAAGCCGAUUUAACAUUUUAGAGUUGUCACAAGAAUGAACACAUGCGUCACUGGAAUCUGCUUGCAAGAUCACGACAUACGGACAUACGGACAAACGGACGGACAGGAACUCUUCCUUCUACGUGUUACAUGUUUUCAACGAACCAAUUAUACCCUUUCACUCUGCCACGCAUAUUUAUAUUCAUCUAUUGACGAUCUUCACCCAAUAUAUAAAGCUUCGUCAGGCUCUCAAUAUUCAAGGAACAGAGUCCACUGGGGGAAAUAUGCUUGCGCGAAUGGGCUGCAUGGACUGCUGCUUAUCGGAAGAGGAUCGUGAGGCAAGGCGUGUCAGUAGGGAUAUUGAAAAGGUAUUGAGAGCGGAAAAGAAAAAAGCACGGCGCGAGCUCAAACUGCUGGUUCUGGGCACAGGCGAAUCUGGCAAGACCACAUUCAUCAAACAAAUGCGCCUUAUUCACGGCGACGGUUUUUCGGACAAGGAACGGAAAAAGUUCACCGAGAAUAUUUUUCAAAACAUAUUCAUGGCCAUGCAGUCGAUGAUCAGUGCAAUGGAUGUUCUGAAGAUACCCUACGGUCAGCAGGAGCAUAGUAUACUUGCCGAUCUGGUGAAGAGCAUCGACUACAAGACUGUUACCAGGCUGGAGGCCCCAUACAUGAGUGCCAUCAAAACGCUUUGGACCGACGCUGGCAUCCAGGAGUGCUAUGAUCGUCGUAGGGAAUACCAGCUGACUGAUUCAACUGCAUACUUUUUGGAGCACUUAAGUCGAAUUGAAAAGACUGAUUACCAGGCAACUGAUCAGGAUAUUCUUUAUGCUCGAGCGCCAACCACCGAUAUUGUUGAGUACCCAUUCAAAUUGGACGGCUUUCUGAUAAGAAUGGUGGACGUAGCUGGUCAACGAGGGGAGAGACAAAAGUGGAUUCAUUGCUUUUCCAACGUGACAUCGAUUAUGUUUUUGGUUGCGUUAUCCGAAUUUGAUCUAUCCUUGGUUGAAGAGAAGAAUGAUAACCGGAUGGAGGAGUCUAAGGCUUUGUUUGGACAUAUUAUUUCGUGGGAGUGGUUUCAAAAAUCGUCAGUUAUUCUGUUUCUAAACAAGGAGGAUUUAUUUGAGGAGAAAAUAAAAUCUACGCAUUUGGCAGACUAUUUUCCUGAUUACAAUGGUCCGAAAAAGGAUGCCAAGGCAGCCCGAGAAUUCAUACUGCAAAUGUUUAUUGACACGAAUUCUGAUCCUUACAAGUACAUCUAUCCUCAUUUCACCAUUGCUACAAAUACCGACAACAUUAGGUUUGUGUUCACUGCCGUUAAAGACACAAUUCUAGAAACGCAUUUAAAAGAAACUAAUUUGCUGUAAACUAGUUUUCUAAAUAUAUUGAUGAGUAACAAGGUUUGCGUUUCAAUUGCAAUGUAACAAAUUUUUCAAAUAAAAAUGGAAUAAAUGUAUAUA